AUGGAAGAAAAACGCUGUGAAUACUGUGGAGAAACAACUGGUAUUAUUCAGUGUCAAUGUGGUAAAUAUUUUUGUAAUGGUAAAAUUAUGAAUACUGGAAUAUGCCAACUCCUUUAUCAUAUGAGAGUUAAUUCCCAUUUUAGUAUCUCUUUUGAUGGAGUUGUGCUAAAAUGUUCUCAAUGUGAAGAAACAAAUAUAUAUAAUCUUCAUUAUAAAUACAACUCAAAAGAUUUCUUAUGUUCUCAUUGCUUAAAACGCCAGAAUAAUAAAAUAACCAAACAACUAUACACUAAGAGUAUUGUUAAUGAAGGUGCUGUUAUAAUAGAUAACUAUGAAGUUGGUCAAUCUGUUUCUUGUGUUAAACAAGAUUUAGUUGAUAGUAUUGAAUCUCAAUUUCCAAAAGAAAAAACAAACAAAAGAGUUAGAGAUGAAUAUCAAACACUUAAAGAUUAUGUUCAGACUUACUUAUAUCUGUCUAAAGUUGAAAAGAAAGAAGAGCGUAGAGUAGCUGAAGUUGAAUUAAGACAAGAAGAACAAAAUAUUAAAUUUUUCAAGCACCCAACAUGUACAACUGCUGAAAUUAACCUUUAUAAAGCUAUUGGAGGUCUUCAGUUAGAAGACGAGGUAAUUAUUAGUUGUGGUGGAUUAAAAAACAUGAUUAAUGACACAAAUUCAAUAGAAAUAAAACUAUUUCCAUCUUUAUUCUUUAAAUCAUCAAAAUGUGUAUUUGGAGGAAACAUCACUUCGAUUAGUGGUAAAACAGUUACUGUUAGAUUACAAGACUCUCUUUUUGGAACAGAGUGUAGUGAUGAUGAGACAUGUCAAAUUACUAGGAAACAUCCAACAAAUGAGAAAAAAUGGAAAUAUGAUGAAAAGAUAGUGAAAAAAACAUCAUUAUUUAGGAUUUAUUUUUUUACUAAUGACAAAGGAAAUCCAUUUAUUAGAACACUAGAAACAUUAGAAAAACGACACCUUGAUGGAUAUUAUUCAAAAAUAUUGUGUUGUAACAAUUACCAAGACAAAAAAACAAAUGAUACAAUAACUUAUGAUGAAAUAUUAACAGAUAAAUAUAAUAUUCCUAAUUUAUCUAACUUAAAUGAUUACCAAAUUAAGGCUAUUUACAAUGCUCUAAAUGAAGAUAUCUCACUUGUAAUAGGACCACCUGGAACUGGUAAAACUACAGUUGCUGUUUCAAUUGCACAAUAUUUGAUUUAUAACAAACAUAGAUUUUAUAAUAGAAAUAGAGCUGAAAGAAGACUAUUAGUUUGUGCAUCAAGUAAUAAUGCUGUUGAUGUUAUUUGUUCAAAACUUAUUGAAAAAGGAAUUCCAACAAUUAGAAUAGUUGCAGAUGAACAAUUUGAAAACUGUAGUGAUAAGAUACGAGAACAUUCAUUAUUAAAAAAAGCAAUAGAAUUUACAGAAAAAAGAGGAAUUAAAAUGGUGUCAAUAACAAGUUACGGUGAUUUCACUGCAAACCAAACUCAAAAAAGAAGGUCUAAAAAGCAUAAAAAAUUGACAAUCAGUUUAACUAGUAUUGAUCAAGCCGAAAGUACAGGAGAGUUAUUAACAAUUAAUAUAAGAGAGUUACUAAAGAAAAAAUAUGGACAAUAUCUAACAGAAGAUGAAAAGAGAAGAGUUCAAAUUUAUCAUGAAACAUAUUUAUCAAACCCAAUAAAUCAAAUAAAGUAUGGAGCGUUUGAAGACUUUGUCAAACGAACUAAUCCAGAUUUACAAAAAGUUUUAGAUAGAAUCAAUCAAAAAAUAAAACCCAGUGAGAACGAGUAUAUUAACAAAUUCAUCUCAGAUUAUUUUGGUGAGAUAUUAAAGGGAAUAGAAUGUGUUUGUUCUACACUCACUACUUGUACUCGUUCAACAUUAUUAAAACAAAAAUUUUUUGCAUCUAUUGUUGAUGAAGCUGCUCAAUCUCUUGAACCAGAAACAUUGGCUGGAAUUAUUAAUGUUAGAAAAGCAGUUUUAAUUGGAGAUAUUCAACAAUUACAACCAACAUGUCUUUCAACUGAGGCUAGAGAAGCUGGAUUCCAAAAAUCAAUGUUUGAACGAUUUAUGGCAAAUACACAAAUCAAAAGAACAAUGUUAAAAACACAAUACAGAAUGCAUCCAGCAAUUGUAGAAUUUUCAAAUAAAAUGUUUUAUUCUUCUAAAUUAGAGAAUGGGGUGAGUAAUGAAGAUAGAUUUGAUAGUAGAAUUAUUAAUUUCUUCCCAGAUUAUACAAAUCCUAUAAUGUUUAUUAAUUGUGAUGGAAGAGAAGAAUGUGGAAGUAGUGGAACAAGUUAUAAUAAUGAAGGAGAAGUUCUAAUAAUAAAACAUAUUGUUGGUGGCUUGUUGAAGAAUAAGGUUAAAGAAAAUGAAAUAGGAAUUAUUUCACCAUAUCAGGCUCAACAAGAACUUAUUUCUCAAUGUGUUUCUACAAAAAUUAAAGUUGCUAAUAUUGAUGGAUUUCAAGGAAAUGAAAAAGAAUAUAUUAUUUUUUCUUGUGUUAGAUCAAACCAAACUCUUGGAAUUGGAUUUGUGAGUGAUUAUAAAAGAUUAAAUGUUGCAUUAACAAGAGCUAAAUGUGGACUAAUAGUUAUUGGUAAUAUUCAAACAUUAAUAGGAUCUAAAGUUUGGAGUAUGUUGGUUCAUCACUUUUACUUGAGAGAUGCUUUAUUUGAAUUGAAAGGACAUGGCUUUGUUAAGUACAAAGUUGAAGAUAAAUAUACAGAAAAAUUCAAUUGUCCAUUAGAAGAGUCUCCAUUCCAAGUUAAACAUAGAGUUGAUGAUUCUGAGCUAAAUAACAACGAAGUAAAUUCUAGUAGUAAAUGUAUUUUACUGAAACAAAUUUCUGAUAUAACAGAAAUCAAAACCACUCAACAAAAAAUCUUCUCUAAAAUACUAACACCAAAAACUAUUUCUUUCGAACAACAUCCAAAACUUCGAAGAGGGUUUGAGACAAAAGUAUUCAAGAGGUUUUCGUUCAAGAACCUCCCAAUAGUUGGAGAGGUAUAG